AGCUGUUAAAAGAGGGACUGUCCCGUGAAAAUCGGGACAGUUGGGAGACAUGCCGGAAGGUCCCACAGUCAGACGUUUCUGCUCUCUUGUUUCCCCCUUUGUGGGUCAGAAUGUGGUGAAGGUUGGAGGGAGUACAAAGAAGAUUGCUCUUCAGGACCUGCAGGGGAAGCAGUUCCAUUAUUGCCAGGUUCAUGGUAAGAAUUUGUAUCUGGAAUUUACCACAAAGGCAGUAGGAAAUAUAUUGAGUGGGACAGAAGAUGCUAAAGAACACAUUGAUCAAGCAGGGGGUAGUCAAAAAGAUUAUUCAAUUAUCCAGCCAACCUCUGAAGAACACUCAGAGAGUCUACAAGAUGCCGACUAUUCAGAGAUUCAUAUGAGCAGAUGGCUGCGCUUCCAUUUUGGGCUUUAUGGCAGCGUCCGAUCAAAUGAGUUUGCCCGCGCAAAACAAGCAAACAAGAGAGGGGACUGGAGAGACCCAACACCAAGGCUUAUUCUGAACUUUGAGUCUGGAGGCUUCUUGGUGUUCUACAACUACCGUAUGGCAUGGUGCUCCUCCCCAGCCUCAAAGCCCAACUGUGAUGUGCUGUCUCCAGAGUUUGAUACAGAACAAGCUGUACGGGCUUUGUCUGCUUCUCAACCUGUCUGUUUUACCUUGAUGGACCAGAAGUGCUUCUCUGGAGUAGGCAACAUAAUUAAGAAUGAGAUACUAUUUCUAGAACAAGUCCAUCCACUUUGCCUUGGCUCCCUCCUGCCUAUAGAGAAGCUUCACUCUCUGGUAAGCCAUACCUUGCAUUUCACUUCUGACUGGCUCUCUAGCAAGAUGAAGAAGGAAGCCCUGCACUACCAUAUAUACAUGAAGGAAUAUUGCGAUAAAGGGCACAAGGUCAUCAAAGAGAAACUGGGACCUCCCUAUGGAAUAAAGAGACUCACCUAUUUCUGUCCUGUCUGUCAACCCCAAGUAAAGUGUGACCCGAGUUCUUCCAGUCUGUAGUUUGCAAACCAGUAGCACUUUGAGCUCCUGAGCUACAGCUCUCGGCAUUGGUGGAUGAGAUAAAGGGAUGUUCAUCUUCUUCAGCAGUAUGUUCUGAGAUAGUGAAGUCUAAGAUAUAACUUUACUGUCUCCUGUAAUGCCCUCACUAGUUGUAAGCAGAUGUCCAUAAUGGUCCUUUAGAAUGGAAGAGUCAUUUUCUGUGAACCUCUACACAUUUAUAUUCAUAAGUGACGCGUUAGCCAUGUGUAGAUAAUAGGGCUCAUUGGCUCUAUGGCAGGCAGUAAGGUCAGGCCUGUUUUAUCCAUUCAAGGCAAAUGCAGCGCUUAAGGCAAACUAUAUAGCAGGUUCUUUUGUAUAAAAAUGUAUACAAGUUAUAAGCUGCGGCUGCAACAAAUGGAAAAAUAAUUGUGUAGAUAGUUUCCCUAUGGGAAACGGCAGUGAAAUAUUCUGGUGCUUUCUGCAAAAUUGGAUUCCACAUAAAAAGUCUGUGUGUGAUAAGAGAGAGCAUGUUAUAUAAAAAAGCAUGACUGAAAAUGCUGUAAACUUUUCAUUGUUUUUUUUUUUUGGAUAAUAGUGAAUAAAACUAUACUUAACA